UCAUUUUGGCGGUCCUCGGGGUCAGGAGGCAGAGAGCGCAGAGUCGGCGUUGAGGUGACAGACAGAGAAAGCGCGGGAAGAGGCUUUGUCCCCAGUGACUAGAGGCGGUUCUAUAGUCGGGCACAUCGCCGCUUGCGGGGCCGGUCUGGAGACGUUGGUGCCCGGUCCGUUCGGGACGCUCGGCUGUCCCCUCUCUGCCCCGGCUUGUGGCUCAGGUGGCGGCGGCGGCGGCGGCGGCGGCGGCGGCACCGAGGGACCCGCCUCAGGUUUUCAUGGCUGCAGAAGUGCUUUUGGAACCUAGUCAGGGAAGUGUGACCUUUGAGGAUGUGGCCCUGUAUUUCUCCUGGGAGGAAUGGGCUCUCCUUGAUGAGGCUCAGAGAUGCCUGUACCACGAUGUGAUGCUGGAGAAUUUUGCACUUACAUCUUCCUUGGGCUGUUGGCAUGAAGUGGAAGAUAAGGAAGCAUCUCCUGAACAGAGCAUUUCUGUAGAAGGAGUGUCACAGAUCAGGACUCCUAAAGCAAUUUCAUCUCCCCAGAAGGCCCAGCCCUUUGAGAUGUGGGGCCCAAUCUUGAGAGAUAUUUUGCACUUGUCUGAGCACCAGGGAAUGCAUCUUGGGCAGAAACCAUACACGUGUGGGAAACGGUUUUAUUUCACUCCCAACCUUCAGCAGUACCAGGGGCAGCACAUUGGAAAGAUACCCAUCAGAAGUUCUGCGGACCGAGACUUGUAUAUAAAGAGUUGCACAACCCACUUGUCAGGGAAAUCCAUUAUAUGUGUGGAGAUUGCGAAGGACUUCUUAGCCAACAUGGGAUUUUUCCAUCAACAGGUCAUUCACACUGAGGAGAAGCCAAACAACAGUAAUGAGUGUGAGGCUGUCUUUCACAGUGGAAAAAAGCAUGAGAACUGGGGAGAAGGCAAAAAAGGCCUCAACUGCACAGACACACUUGUUGAGGCCCAAGGAGUCCUCACUAGAGAAGGGCUUUACGAGUGCAGCAAAUGUGGAAAAGCCUGUACCCGAAGAUGUAACCUCAUUCAGCACCAGAAAGUCCACACUGGAGAAAGGCCUUAUGAAUGCCAUGAAUGUGGAAAAUUCUUUACCUACCUUUCCAGCUUCAUUAUACAUCAGAGAGUUCACACUGGAGAAAGGCCUUAUAAGUGCAGUGAAUGUGGGAAAUCUUUUAGCCAGAGCUAUAGCCUCAAUAGCCAUAGGAAGGUUCACACAGGAGAAAAACCUUAUGAGUGCAGGGAAUGUGGGAAGUCUUUUAGUCAAAGAUCUAACCUCAUUCAGCAUCAGAGAAUUCACACUGGAGAAAGGCCUUAUGAGUGCAGUGAAUGUGGGAAAUCCUUUAGCCAAAACUUUAGCCUCAUUUACCACCAGAGAGUUCACACUGGAGAACGGCCUCAUCAGUGCGGUGAAUGUGGGAAAUCCUUUAGCCGAAGCUCCAGCCUCAUUCACCACAGGAGACUUCAUACUGGAGAAAGGCCUUAUGAGUGCAGUAAAUGUGGGAAAUCCUUUAAGCAAAGCUCCAGCUUUAGUUCACAUCGGAAAGUCCACACAGGAGAAAGGCCCUAUGAGUGUGGGGACUGUGGAAAAUCAUUUAGCCAUAGUUCCAACCUCAAGAACCACUGGAGAGUUCACACUGGAGAAAGGCCUAUUGAGUGCAGUGAAUGUGGGAAAUCGUUUAGCUGCAAAUCUAACCUCGUUAAACACCUGAGAGUCCACACAGGAGAAAGGCCGUAUGAGUGUGGGGACUGUGGAAAAUCCUUUAGCCAAAGUUCCAGCCUCAUUCAGCACCAGAGAGUUCACACUGGAAAAAGGUCCUGAGUGCAGUGAAUGUUGGAAAAAAUUUUCAGCUGCAAAAAUAACCUCAUUCAACACGAGAGACUUCACACUAGUGAAGGGCCAUAGAUAGCUGGGAUGUGCAGUUUCCUUCUAGUAUAAUUACACUGGAGGAGAGAAGUUGUGAGGGAGCCAUUUACCUGAAUUAAAGCCCAUACAUCCAAAAAUCUGCAGUGGGGAGACUGCCCUAAAAUUCCAGUUAUGUAGGAAUCUUUAAGGAGCUCUGUUAUACUUUAUUUCCUGCCAGGCUCUUUCUAGCUUUAUGUCACUGCCAGUGUGGCAGAAUUCAUUUCACCUGUGUUACCCGGCAGGUUCACACAAUGUGCAAAAGUUACCUCCCAACAUGUUCAGGGAAGCUGACUUCUGUCCCAUCCCUGUUUGUGGGGGAUGUAAUGAGUAGUCUUAGCUCUUGUGGGAUCUUCAUUCCCUUCCCAUUUCCAAAGUAGGGCCUGGACCCGACCCAGUUUGGGCCCAGUGGACCCAGUCUGAGUUCUAUUGGUGACUUGCCAGGAAGAACUGCAUUUUCAGGGACAUGUUAGUUUAUGGUGACACUUGUCUUGGAUUUUCCCAGCCUCUGAGUCACCAAGCUGGGAACUGCAUGCCUCCUAUUGCUCUGCAUUUUGCAAUAAUAAAGGCAUUAAUGUUUAAGCCACCUUUGGUCUUGGGGUUCUAUUCACUGUGUGAGGUGAUCUGAAAACAACUGGGCUCUACCAACAUUAAGGACUGCACAGCUCUCAUGGGGGGUCCCAUGCUUUGUGUGUCUCACAUGUCAGUAUGAUUAAGAAUAUAACUGUUUCUGGUUUUGGCCUAAGGUAAAUACAUUGUUGCCCAGGGUCUCCUAGGAAAGACUGCAGGGUUUUAGGGUCCUAAUUUGUGGACUGGGUAUCAGGAUUUUUUGUGGGCUCAGAAAACACCCUGAGGAGCCAGGAAGUUAUGACAGCCCCCAGUGCUUCUGAUAACAACACAAAUUGUUUUUCUUAUUCACAGUAAAUAUCACAUAAUGCUCAGCAGUUAUCCUGCAAAAAACCACAUGCCCUGAUCCCCAGAGUUCACUAGAUAAUGCCACUGUAAGGCUAGGGCCAGAGGGAACCAUCUUGGUAAAGGAACCCUGGAGUGGAGGAGAGUGCAGUGGAGUAGAUGGAGUAUGCCCCUUCUAAAAUUGCAUCAACAAAUGCUCCAUUGACUGUGACUGUGCAGUAUCAGUGGGCACAGAUGCCCAGAAAUUCUCAGAACCUCCAGGCAAGUGUAUCUUUUGGAGCUGAGGUCAUUGUGAAAGAAAAUAAGCUAUUGGUUUUCUGGAUUCCUAUAGCCUCUCUGGGAUGUUCACAUAAAGGCCAUUGCUACAGAGGCAGAGAAACAAACAGAGAGAGAAAGGGAAUCCCUUAGUCCAGGGUUCCCUAACCCACGGGCCUUGGACCGGCACCGAUCUGCGGCCUGUUAGGAAGCGGACUGCACAGCAGGAGCUGAGUGGCGGGCGAGUGAGUGAAGCUUCAUUUGCUGCUCCCCAUUGCUCACGUUACCGCCUGAACCAUCACACACCCCACCCCACCCCCCAACCCCCGUCUGUUGAAAAAUUGUCUUCCACGAAACCGGUCCCUGGUGCCAAAAAGGUUGGGGACUGCUGCCUUAGUCCACGGUGUGGCUCUGUGACCAGCCAACAUUCCUGUUAAUUCAGGUGGGAAGGAAUCUACUACUCAUCAGUAUUAGCUACCACUAAGGCAAGGCUGCUCCUCCAAGGUCAUCAGAAAAGAGAGGCAAUAUAGGAUUGCCAGGCCUGAUUUUUGUUUGUUAAAUUUUGUUUUUUGGCUGUGCCAUGCGGCUUGUGGGAUCUUAGUUCCCUGACCGGGGAUUGAACCCAGGCCACGGCAGUGAACCACUGGACCUGCCAGGGAAAUUCCCCAGACCUGAUUUUCUGAAAAAAGUGAGAGAUCUAGAUUUUUCUUUUGAACCAUUUUGUAAAUUUUUAUUCAGGUAUAGUUGACAUGUGAUAUACUGUAUCUAUUUGAAGUGUAUAAAUUUUUACGUAUAAAACCACAAAGCCUCAUCAUAAUCACGAUAAUGAACAUGUCUAUCAUCUCCAAUUUACCUCAUGCCAUUUCAUAAUGUCCUUCCUCUCCCCCACCCACAGAUCACCAUUCAUUUACUUUUAUUUAUAGUAGAUUGUAUUUUCUAGAAUUUUAUAUGAUUUUAUUCAUGAAAUGUUUACUUUUUUUUCCUGGUUUCAUUCAUGAUUCGUAAAUAUUUUGAGAUUCUUCAGUGAUCCAUAUAUAAGCAGUUCAUUUUUUUUAUU